GGACUGAAGUCAGGCAGGCCUGUUGCUGAUGAUGAUCGCGCCCACGUCAGUGGCGGGGCGGAGCGCUGCUUCCCUGGCCCGCUUCCCCGCUCGUCCCGAUGCCGCUGCCGGCCUCUCCGCCCCAUUCCGGCCCCGGGACGCGGCCCAGCAGCACAGCCCUGGUCCAGGCCCUGCGAAGGGGCGACCUGCAACAGUGCGCUCGCUGGCUGAAGCACGACCCGAGCCUGAUCCACUCCACGGGCUGGAAUGGAUUCUCACCACUUCACCACGCUGCUUUAUGCGGCCACAAGGAACUGGUCUACCUACUGCUCGAACAUGGCGCAGAUACCAACCUCCCAAAUGAUGCAGGAGAGACACCCUUUCACUUUGCCUGCAGACGUGGGGAAGUCUACAUAAUGGACCAGAUGGUGAAGAGAGGAGCAGACAUUCUGACCCGGGAUCAUCAAGGGAAGACUGCACUUCACCAUGCCGUCUCUGGUGGCAGCAUAGUUGCCAUCCGUUACCUGGAGGAGAUGGGCCACUACAGUUUCCGUGACUCGGACAGGUUUUUGCAAUCUGCUCUGCACAUCGCAAUUUCCAUCGGCAAUGAGGAUGUUGUUAAAUAUUUACUGAGAGGCAUGAGGUGCAGUGUGGAAGCCAUUGACACUUGGGGUAUGACUCCCAUGCAUGUGGCAGCUCACACAGGGUCAGUGAACAUCUGUUGGCUGCUGAUGACAGAUGCUGGGAUCCCUACCUUGCAUUUGCAAAAUAAAGAUGGACUUACCCCAUUGGAUCUAGCCAGGCGAGGGAAAUCACACAGACACCAAGAAGUAGCAAAGCUUUUGACAGACUACAGCAAAGAAAUACAGAAUGGGAAGCCCAGAAGGCCAAUUGGCCUGUACUUCAGCAGUCUGCUUUGCCCAGGCAUUCUGAGUUCAAUCAUAUUCUUCAUUGCCAGUCAUAUUGGGAAAUAUGGAGGCGUUUUCAGCGCAAUUGCCUUUGCAGUUCUGGCCAGGAUAGUGUUUUGCCAGUACCACCGAAUCUCUCAUUACUCCAGGUCACCCAACCCCAUGUACCUUGGCACGUUUACUGCAGGGAUCUUCCAUUCUCUGUAUUGCUUCUACUGCAAGAUCCUGCCAGCUCUCUGGCCAGCAAAGAUGCUGCUGUGUUUCAUGACAAUGUUGGCAACCCUCCUGUUCUGGAUGUUCAUGAAACUGCUAACGAAAGACCCUGGGAAUCUGCGAGAAUCUGACUCUGCGACAAAGUACUUAACGAUCGCUCAGCUGAUUGAAACAAAUGAGAAGCCAUCCAGAUUCUGCAUUUAUUGUGAGAUGGUUCGACCAGAAGGAACAAAGCAUUGUAGACUCUGCAACUGCUGCAUGGAGAACUUCGAUCACCACUGUCUCUUCCUAAUGAAAUGUGUCGCAAAAAAAAAUCAGAGACUCUUCAUUCUGUUCCUGCUGGAGAUCAUCAUAUCUCACUUGACCUUCAUAACAUCAAGCCUGUACUCCUUAUACCUUUGGUACGGACUGAACUUUGAGGUGUUCCCGAAAGUCUUCAACGAUCAGCCCUGGGUGAUGGGACUGGCGCUGAUGAACAUCGCCACUGUCUUGUGGGAGCUGGUCUUGCUGAAGAGUCAGCUGGCGGCAAUCGCUGUUAACUCCACUACAACGUGCAGGGAUAGGGUGGACAACAAGGCCUCUACAUGGAGACACCUUUUGAGAAACAUCACAGUCUUCCUCGUCCUGGGCAAGAGGCCCCAGAGCAGCAGCAAAGUUCUCUCAUCCCAGUUUUAAACAGCUGAAUCCGAGUGUAUCUUAAGGGAGAGGGGUGGAGACCAAGGUUGAAUAAUACAAGUGGUGAUGCUGACUAAGAGAGGGAGGUGAAUCACGGCUGAUCUAUUUGGGCAAGGUAUAAAAGAGAAAGAAAGGGGAAAGCAGCAAAAAUUUUUUAGAACACUUGAGAAUGAUCCUAGGAAUGAAAAAAGUUCAUGUAUGAGGAGUUUUUGAUGGCUCUGAGCUAGCACUUCCUGAAGUUUAGAAGAAUGUGGGGGGAUUUCAUUGAAACCUAUUGAAUAUCGAAUAUAGAGUGAAUGUGGAGAAAAUAUUUCCUAUAAUGUGGGAGCCUAGAAACAGAGGGCACAGCCUGAGAGUAAAAGGACCUCCCUUUAGAACAGAAAUGAGGAGAAAUUUAUUUCAGCCAGAGGAUAGUGAAUCAGAUGGCUGUGGAGGUCAAGUGAUAGAGUAUAUUUAAAAUGAAGGGUUGAUAGGUUCUUGAUUAGUAAGGAUGUCAAAGGUUACGGGUAGAAGGCAGGAUAAUAAGGUUGAGAGGGAUAAUUAAUCAGCCAUGAUGAAAUGACAGAGCAGACUUAAUGAGCUAAAUUGCCUAAUUCUGCUCCUAUGUCUUGUGCCCUUAUGACAUAGAUUCAAUGAGCUGAGUGGCCUCCUAUAUCAGCUCUCAGUACAAUCCCAUCAACCCCAGUUCUUUAUUCUCUUUCCUGUCCCGGAUCUUCCUCCAACACAACUACACCUACACUAGGAACAAUUUGCAGCGGCUAACAAUCCAUCAAGCCCGCACAGUAGAUCAGGGAUUCCUAACCUUUAUUAUGCUAUGGACCAAUGCCAUUAAGCAUGGAGUCCGUGGAUCCCAGGUUGGGAACCCCUAUAGUAGAUGUUGAAACUCUGAAGUACAAACAUAACUCAUGUGCAGGUGGCACGGUAGCAUUGUAGUUACUGUAAUGUUUCACAACACUAGCAACCCAGAUACAAUUCCCGCCACUGUUUAUAUGUUCUCCCUGUGACAGCGUGGGUUUCCUCCAGGUGCUCCGGUUGCCUCCCACGUUCCAAAGACAUGCAGGUUGGGCGAUUAAUUGGUCACAUGGGUGUAGCUGAGCAGCAUAGGCUCACUGGGCCAGAAAGCCUGUUAUCGUGCUGCACCUCUAUAUAAUAAUUAUAAAAUAACUCAGGAGAUUGGGCAGAAGUUCAUGUUGGCCUCCUUUGUUCCAGUGAGAUGGUGCAAAGAGGGAGAGUCACCAUUUCAGAUAGUUGGUGGUUGUCGGGCAUAUCCAACAAUGACAGGAAAACCACGUGGGAGACUUUUUCAAGUGGAAAAGCAAUUGCACUGGGGCAGGUCCUCUCUCUUAACCUUGGAGAUCUGGGUCCAGUGGUAUGAGUAGUUGUCACAAACUGGGGUAAUCCCUAGUUACAGUGGAUGACCUUGACUUUUCUGGGCCUCAUCUUGUCCUUUGCUCUCCACAGAGCACUGCAGAACCACCUUCUUGACUGAUCUCACUGCAGAUAUUAUCCAGCCAGUCCACUGAAGCUGACUUUGCACACUAGGACAGGCAUGGCCCUUUCCCACCUGGGUAUGACACCCACUGUCUACCCUCACUUGGUUUAACCCAUCUAUUAAAGGGCAUUGCAUGCAAACAGCUACUUGGAGCCACAGGUGAGAGUGGAGUGUCCACUGGGUGAAUGAGCUGCCCAGAAUGGACACAACAAGCCCUUCCACUAGUGGUGCUACCCCUCCAUGGACACUCCAUACACCCCUCAUGUAGAUGACCUUUCAUCCAAAAUGGCCAUUUGUAAAACAAGCUGUAAAGGCUGUUUCUCUGAAAUCGUUGAAUUCAUUCAUUGCUAGGUUCUGAGGGUUGUUCCUUAGGCUUACGUUCGGCUAAAGCCAGAGGUCAGAGUGGAAGAGAGGUAAAGUGGCAGCAACUGGAACACUCAUGUAGACUGAAGGCAGGGAUUCCCACGUGUCUCAUGGUCUGUGUUUAGCUUCUCCAGCAUGGAGGAGACCACACUGUUAGCACUGAGUGCAGUACACAUACACUCAGUGGCCACCUGUACACCUGCUCAUUAAUCCAAAUAUCAGCCAAUCAUUUGGGCAGCAAUUCAAUGCAUAAAAGCAUACAGACAUGGUCAAGAGGUUCAGUUGUUCAGACCAAACAUCAGAAUGGGGAAGAAAUGUGAUCUAAGCGACUUUGACAGUGAAUGAUUGUUGGUGCCAGACGAGGUGGUUUGAGUAUCUCAGAAACUGUUGAUUUCCUGGGAUUUUCACUCACAACAGUCUCUAGAGUUUACAGAGAACGGUGUGGAAAACAAAACAAAAAAAAAGUCCAGUGAGCUGUUUUGUGCGCAAAGACAAUUGUUAAUGAGAGAGGUCAGAAGAGAAUGACCAGAAUGGUUCAAGCUGACAGGGAAGUGACAGUAACUCAAAUAACCGUGCGUUACAACAGUGGUGUGCAGAAGAGCAUCUUUCUGAAUGCACAUAUCGGACCCUGAAGUAGAUGGUCUACAGCAGCAGAAGACCAUGAAUGUCCACUCGGUUGGCCACUUUAUUAGGUACAGGAGGUGCCCAGUAAAGUGUCCACAAAGUGUAGGAUGGAAUGGGUAGAACUGAGUGGCUGUUUCACCUAAAAGAAGCGCUUCUGUUCCUGGGGAGAGAAGAGGUCAAAGGCCAGGUGAUGCAUCUCUGUGAAGAUGCUGUGAGAAGAGGAACAGAUGUAGGAGUUGGACCAGAGCACCAGAAAGGAAUGUCCCAUUUCACUAGUGCUUGUUCAAGUUUUCACACAGGUCCUCUACAUUGUCUUACUGUCUGUCUCCCAGCCACAGCUCUCAGAAAUCAUGUAGGGCCUAUCCAUCACAACUGUUGUUCCUCCAUUUACUGUCUGGUCAGACAUCAGUUGAGUGUUAUGUGAUCCUACAAUCCAGGGAAUAAAGUCUAACUAUUCAAACUUUCCCUAUACCUCAGGUCAUCAAAUUCUAGCAAAAUCCUUGUAAAUUUUCUCUUCACUUUUUCAAUCUGACUGAUAUCUUUCUGUAGGUAGGUGACCAGAGCUGCAUACUAUACUCCAAAUUUGGUCGUACCAGCAUCUUAAACAACUUCAACAUAACAUCUCAGUUCCUGUAUUCAAUACUUCAUGUAUUUGGGUAAAGUGGUUGAUACGUGUUUAUACUGCAGUCAACACUGAGACCCAAUUACUUCAUUAUUUAAUUUCAUUCUCUUUCAUGUGAGACGGUUCUAUUAAUACAUUAUCCAUUUUUGUUUUACUGAAAAGAACCAGUGAAGGAAGAAUGCAAAAAGCCUCCUUGUAUUUACCCUUUCUACUGUAUACACCUCAUAAUUUUAUCUAUCUUUGUCAAAUCUCCCCUCAUUCUCCUACACUCCAGGGAAUAAAGUUCUAAUCUAUUCAACCUUUUCCUAUAACUCAGGUCCUAAAUUCCUGGCACUAUCCUUGUAAAAUUUUCUCUGUACUCUUUCAAUCUUAUUGAUAUCUUUCCUGUAGGUAGGUGACCAAAACUUGACAUGAAUGUAUAGUAAACACAAAGUAACAUAGUCAUGAAAUGUAGCACUGUAGGAAACACUCAGCAGGUCUGCCUGUGCUGGUGGACAGAAAACCAGAGACAAUGUUACAAAUGGAUGACCCAGAGAAGAGGCCAGUUCUGAUGCACACACAGCAAUGACUUCACAGUCAUUAUCAGGUUUAAUAUAACUGGCAUAAGUUGUGAAAUUUGUUAUUUAAUGGUAACAGUACAGUGAAAUGCAUAAUAAUAAACUAUAUUACAAUAAUAUAUUUUUAAAAACUAAGUAGUGGAUAAAGUGCAAAAAAAUUAGUGAGAUGGUGUACAUGGUUUCAUUGUCCAUUCAGAAAUCUGAUAGUCGAAGGGUAGAAGCAGUUUCUAAGAUGUUGAAUGUCUUCAGGUUCCUGUACCUUCUCCCUGAUGGUAGCAAUGAGAAAAAGCCAUGUCCUGGAUGAUGGGAGGGGAGGGGGAUCCUUAAUGAUGGAUUCCACCUUUUUGAGGCAUCACCUUUUGAAGAUGUCCCCGAUGCUGGGGAGGCCAGUAAGGACAUCUCACUGUUAAGUUAUAGGAUUCAAUAUUGAGUCUGAAAGGCUGAAUGUGUCUGUUACAUAUCCACAGGGUAGUAUGAUUAAACGUUUUUACUGAGUCAUAUUAGUAAUGGUAUGCACCUUGCAACUUACUCUGUGGGAGCUAUGAAGAAGGCCUGCCAAGAUAAAGACAUGCCUACUUGAAAGCCUAAUAGUGUGUGUCUUCCACAUGUAGGAGGCCAAAUUGAUGCACUGUGUGAUCCAUGUGAUAUAGUAGCGUCCAGAUAGAUGUUCCUGAUAUCAGACUGGAAUUGGGAUAAUGAUUCAAAGCAACAUGCAACUAGAAACAAGGCUUACACCUUCAGACUGAACAUCGGUGCUUCUCAAUGUGGUCACCCAAAUCACUUUUUCCAAUGUAGAGGAAAGCACUUUGUGAGUACCAAGUGCAGUAGAAGUCCAGUUGCUUAAUGUGGGGAAAUGACAUCAGGGGCGCGAUUGUGGGGCAGAUGAAAGAGCAGAUCAGGGAAUUGUGUAGGAAAUAGUCCUGAAGAAUACUAAAACUAGAGGAAAAGUAGAUGUUACCGUUGAUGGAGUCUCAUUGAAAGUGGUGCAAACUGCAAGGAGAUUCAGGAAGUUAUUACUCCCCACCCAUCAGGCUCUUGAACCAAAACGGAUAACUUCAUUCACCCCAUCACUGAACUGUUCCCACAAUAUUUAUUGCUUAAUUAUUAUUUUCUUUUUGUAUUGCAGUUUAUUGUCUUAUGCACAUUGGCUGUUUGUCCAUCUUGAUGCCCUCUUACAUUGAUUCUGUUGUUUUUACUGUAAAUACCCACAAGAAAAUGAAUCUCAGGAUUGUAGAUGGUGACAUAUGUAUUUUGAUAAUAAAUUUACU